AUGAUAUCAUCAACUUUAGAGGAUUGGCGAAACUUUAUGAAUCUGGUUGGAUUGGAUGUUUUUCAAUUUAUUCUUUCCUUUCUUCCUCCCAUUCCUUUUUUAUUCAAAUUACAACGAGUUAGUAAACAUUGGCGACAGUUAUGUUUGGAAUGUAUGGAAGAGGAUUGUACAGAACUGUAUUGGGAUCAUUCCGCAAUCACCAACAAGAGUAACAAAAAUCCAUCCGAAUUGUUUUUCAAAAUUCUAAAACCUUUUAAAAAGUUGAAUGUUAUUGUCUUGAAGAAUGAAAGUGUUGAUGUCCAACUUUUGAAAACCAUUCUCGUGGAUUGGAAAGGAAAGGUAAAACAUAUAAAAUUUAUUGGUUGUUUGAUGCGUGUGUUUGGCCAACUGCCGAUUCAGUACAAGAUCGAAGCAGAUAACACCGAAUAUUCGGCCUAUGUUCCUCUCCAAUAUUAUGGAGGAAAGAUUAAAGAAUGUAAAUUGAUCACUGAAAGAAACAACAUCUCUCAGCAGAUACAAGUUGGAGACAGGGAUGACACGGGAUCAGAAUUAUCCAAUGGAUUUCAGCAAUCAUUGGUGGAGGGAAUUACGGUAAUUGCAUCUCAGUUACAGUACUUGGACCAACCGUUUUUGCUGUGCUGCUUUUGCCUUUUAAAAGCAUUUCCAAAAUUAAGAUUUGCUGAAAUUUCGCUCAUGUACACUGGAAUGAAUUCUCCUUCUAUCGACACGUGGAUUGAGUCCAUGGGAGCGAGAGAGCUUUUCCCCAAUGUAGAAUUUAAGAAGAAUAUUUAUGAAAUGGCUAACCAAAUCUUAAUGGACACUCAAGACUUUGAAAAGGCUGUUGAUUACUAUAUGAGUCGCUUUGAAAAGGACUUGCAUUUUAAAAAAAUCAGACUUGAAUCAUUUAGAAGGAAAUAUUUGAGUACUCGAGAUGCCUUUGAUUCCUUUCACCAAAAUGCAUGCAAAAUCGUUAAUUUUUUUGUGUAUCAUUCGCCCUUUGGAAUGGAUUCCAAAUUGAAAGAUAUUAAUGGAUACAAUAUUAUUCAAUUAGCAAUUAUUUUUUCGUGUCAUGAAACUGUAGAAUUUAUUUUGAGAUAUUUGACUGCAUUAGAAAGCGAUGACAAUAUGCAAGUACACAACGAGUUACAGGAAUUAUUUUCUUCUAACAAUGGUAUUGAUGGAAGAAACGCAGUUUUUUCGAGCAUAUCAAAAUCAAGCAAAGAGAAUGAUCACUUACUGAGAUUAAUGAUUCAGUAUAACAUUUCAUUUAAUGCUCCAUCUUCUGACGGAUCUACUAUAGCUCAUUAUUUGUGCCAAUUUGGGAAGUUAGAAUAUCUCAAGACUAUUUGGUUUUCGUUCUUAAAGGAGUUACCAUUAGAACGAAAACAAUAUUUCCUUGACUUGAAUUUGAAAAAUCACACAAAUGAAUAUCCGAUAGAGGUUUGCAAAAAGCUCAAAAUGAACAAUAUGAUGAAAUAUUUGAAAGAGAAUGCACAUCUUUUUGGGAUUACAUAUCUACCAAACAUGGAGGAAGAAAAUCCAAUAAUUGUUACACAAAAGCCUUCUCCGCUGACUGUACGACCUCCAACGCAAAAUCCACAAAAUUCAAAUGGUUGUCAACUUUUGUAA